UAAAAACAGGCACCCCGAUGGUGUAAAAAAAGGAUGCGUUAGAACUCGCGAGACGGUUCCCUGAAGGCCGCUGUGUCUUUUUUUGUAUCCUUCUAUUUUUGGCCCAAAAGGCGGCAGUGACACGAGCAACCCAGGUCCAGCUUACUCCACUGACGUCGUCAUACGCGAUAUCGAUCCCAGUACGGUACAGUUACCACGGUCGACCACAAACGCCUCUUUAAACCCCUUUUUAGACACAACGUUCCACCUACAACUCCGAACCGUGACCAGACAGACCAAUACCCGGGAAUGACGAGCAUCAACUCCGCCAUGAAUUACUACCACGGCAGCAACUCACCACCCAGCUCAUCGGGGGCCGCCACGCCUACCACGACCACGUCCGCCAGCUCCUCUGGCUUGUUCGGCGGUGGUCUGUACAACGCCUUUGGCGGCCUGAUGCGCCGCUGGUCUAGCGAACCGGAAGGCGGCGGCAAAAUGGGCUCAGAGGAAGACGACGGUGCAUACAGCAACGGUAAUGGCGUCGAUGGCGUGUAUAGUUCUAGGAGGUUCAGGCCACACCACGCAAAUACAUACCCACGCGUCCCCUCGCCGCUCCGCCCGCCUCCGUUGGAACCGCUGGUGCUCCACGGGUUCCGCAACGACACCCCAGACUCGGCGCGCUUGAUGACCGCCCCCGUCGCAGAGGAGAUUCGCAUCAUGGUCCCCGAGAGGUUACGGAUCGAGGAGGACUGGAAGUUGAUCUAUAGCCUGGACCAGGACGGUGCCAGUCUUGCCACCCUGUACGAGAAAUGUGCGCCCUUCAGGGGCCGCCGGGGCGGAUUCGUGCUUGUAGUACGGGAUGAUGAAGGAGGGACUUUUGGCGCUUAUCUGUCCGAGUCACCACACAUCGCACCUCACUACUUCGGUACAGGCGAGUGUUUCCUGUGGCGUGCUUCCAUGAUGAGCCCCCUACCUCCCCCGCCCUCGGCCGACACCACACACCUGACGGGCCGCGCCACCACUAUCACAUCGUCUUCUGCCGCGACGACGAGGCGAGCACCGCCGGCCCUGAUCCCCAUAUACGACACGGACCUCGAGACCCAAGGUACGAGCACCUACGACAUUCACGCAGACGACGACCGUGACUACACAACAGACGGGCAGAACCAGCCCACCCCGCCCACCAAAUCCUCCUCCCCGAUGCCGCCGCAGCCAUCGUCCCCUUCUAUCCGCUUCAAGGCGUUCCCCUACAGCGGCGUGAAUGAGUACUACGUCUACUGCGAGCCGCACUGGCUCAGCGUGGGCGGCGGCGACGGCAAGUACGGCCUCUGGCUCGACGACUCGCUCGAGAAGGGUGUCAGCGCCACGUGCCUCACCUUUGGCAACGAGCCGCUCAGCGACGAAGGCGAGAAGUUUGGCGUCCUCGGCGUGGAGCUGUGGGCCAUCGGCGCCAAGGACUAACACAUGUCGGCUGUUUUAAUUUUUUUGCUUCUUUACCGUUCGAACAAAAAAGUUGCCACGCCCGUUUUCGAUCCGUUCAUACCCCGGUUCAACAAAAUCAUGACGUACACCCAAGGCCUAAUAGUAUAUAGGUGCUUUACAGGGUCCGAUGAUCACCUCAUGAUCUGUUCAGCCAGAGCCUUUUUAUGACGGGUGUCUGAUGAUGGAAGAGCGGCUCUUUGUGACCUAGCUAGGUCCGUCUCAUAUGAGUUGUGUAGGAAGGGGGUCGAAAAGAGACGGAAAAAAGCGACAAAAGACGGAAAACGGACGACAUAAUUAUGAUACCCAUCUUUACUUCCCUGAUUAUUCCUUUAGCAGUCAUUAUCAACAUGCUUUGCUAGCUAAUGUCACAAUCAUUUCUC